AUGAGUUCUUCUACUAGACCUCUAACCCUAUCGCACGGUGCGCUGGAACACGUUUUGGCAGUACCUACGUCGUCUUUUUUCCCAGCCUCUCAACUGCAAGACCAGUUCUCGAGACAACUUCCUGCUGUCUCCGAAGGUUUCGCUUCCGAUGACGAGCCUUCUUCUCCUGCCGAGCUGCUGGCCAAGUUUCUCGGCUACGUGGCGUCUUUGGUGGAUCCCGACACCAAAGGCCAAUUUGAGGACGUUUUAAAGCUCUCCUUGACGGAAUUCGAGACCGAUUACUUGCAAGGCAAUGACGUGCACACUCUAGCUGCCAAACUGCUUUCUGACGACGAGGUGUAUCCCACCACCUUGGAAAAAGUUAAGGAGCUGAUCAAGAACUACCUAGAUGCUAGAAUCAAGUACUUCUACAUCACACAAUCUUCCCAAGGUCCAUUCCCAAAGUCCAACUCCGCCCUAUUCAAGAGUGCUGCUGCUAAAGAGGCUCAAUUGGUCGCCAUUUUUGGUGGUCAAGGUAACACAGACGACUACUUCGAAGAAUUGCGCGAGCUAUACCAAACGUACUACUCUGUCAUCUCUGACGUUGUUAAGGCUGCUGCUGAUAAAUUGGCAGAGUUGGUGAGGUCCACUGACGACACAGAGAAGGUUUACACAGAAGGUUUCGACUUGAUCGAAUGGUUGGAACGUCCAGAAAAGACCCCAGACAACGCCUACUUGCUAUCUAUCCCAAUUUCUUGUCCAUUGAUUGGUGUUAUUCAACUAGUGCACUAUGCCGUUACCGCCAGAUUGUUGGGUUUCACACCAGGUGAAUUGAGAUCACAUUUGGUUGGUGCUACCGGUCAUUCUCAAGGUCUCGCAACUGCUGUUGCAAUUGCCGAAGCUGACUCUUGGGAAUCUUUCUUCGAGUCUCUUAACAAGACUGUGGCAUUGUUGUUCUUUAUCGGUGUUCGUUGUUACCAAGUCUACCCAAACACCUCUUUGCCACCUUCAAUGCUCGAGGACUCUGAAGAGAAUGGAGAAGGUGUCCCAUCUCCAAUGUUGUCCAUCUCUAACCUGACAAAGGAUCGUUUGCAAUCUUUCAUCGACCAAACCAACGCACAUUUGCCAGCUGAAAAGCACAUUGUCAUUUCUUUGAUCAAUGGUGCUAGAAACUUGGUUGCAACUGGUCCACCACAAUCUUUGUACGGUUUGAACUUGACUUUGAGAAGGGCCAAGGCUCCAGCCGGUUUGGAUCAAGCCAGAAUUCCCUACAGUGAAAGAAAGUUGAAGUUUUCCAACAGAUUUUUGCCAAUUGCUUCUCCCUUCCACUCGCAUUUAUUGGAGCCUGCCAAUAAGUUCAUUCUGCAAGACUUGAAGGAUGCUGGUGUAGAAUUCAAGCAAUCUGACUUGAAAGUUCCUAUUUAUGACACCUUCGACGGCAAGGAUUUGAGAGACUAUCAAGGUUCUAUCGCCGAAAGAAUCACUUACUGCAUUACCAGAUUGCCAGUCAACUGGGAAACAACUACGAAGUUCAAUGCCACUCACAUUCUAGAUUUUGGUCCUGGUGGUUCCUCUGGUUUAGGUGUCUUGACCUACCGUAACAAAGAUGGUACCGGUGUUCGUAUUAUCGUUGCUGGUGCCCUGGACAACAGUUUGGACGAUGAGUAUGGUUUCAAACAAGAAAUGUUUGACGUUACCGCUAGCGGUUUGAAGUUUUCUCCUAACUGGCUUGAGGAGUAUCAUCCAAAAUUGGUGAAGACGAAAGCUGGAAAGAUUUACGUCGAUACUAAGUACUCCAAAUUAGUCGGUAGAGCUCCUCUAUUAAUCCCAGGUAUGACCCCAUGCACUGUAUCUCCUGACUUUGUUGCUUCUUCGAUUAACGCCGGCUACCAAAUUGAAUUGGCUGGUGGUGGUUAUUUCUCACCAGAGGGCAUGACAGAAGCUAUUGAAGAUGUAAUUUCUCAAAUUAAGAAGGGUUACGGACUAGGCAUCAACUUGAUUUAUGUGAAUCCAAGAAUGCUUCAAUGGGGUAUCCCAAUGAUCAAAGAAUUGAGAGAAAAGGGUUAUCCUAUUCAAUCUUUGACUAUCGGAGCUGGUGUGCCUUCUUUGGAAGUUGCUAGCGAAUACAUCGAGACUUUGGGUCUAACUCAUUUGGGUUUGAAGCCGGGUUCUAUUGAUGCCAUCUCUCAAGUCAUCACUAUUGCUAAGGCACACCCAGAUUUCCCCAUUGUUUUGCAGUGGACUGGUGGUAGAGGUGGUGGUCACCACUCUUUUGAAGAUUUCCAUUCUCCAAUGUUGCAAAUGUACUCGAAGAUUAGAAGGUACUCCAAUAUUAUUUUGAUUGCCGGUUCUGGGUUCGGUUCAGCUGAGGAUACCUACCCUUACUUGACUGGUGAAUGGUCUACCAAAUUCAACUACCCACCUAUGCCAUUUGAUGGUUUCUUGUUUGGUUCUAGAGUCAUGAUUGCUAAAGAAGCAAAGACUUCUCCAGAUGCCAAGAAGGCUAUUGCUGCCUGUUCCGGUGUUCCAGACAGCCAAUGGGAACAAACAUAUAAGAAGCCAACUGGAGGUAUCAUUACGGUGCGCUCUGAGAUGGGAGAGCCUAUCCACAAGUUGGCAACUAGAGGUGUUAUGUUGUGGAAAGAGUUGGAUGACACAAUUUUCACUUUGCCAAAGAACAAGCUCCAACCUGCUCUUGAUGCCAAGAGAGAUUACAUUAUUUCCAAGUUGAACUCUGACUUUCAAAAGCCUUGGUUUGCAACAGUUAAUGGUGAAGCUCGUGAUUUAGGCGAUAUGACUUACGAGGAAGUUGCUCAAAGAAUGGUUGAAUUAAUGUUCAUUAAAUCAACUCAAAAAUGGAUUGACAUCACUUUGAGAAACUUCACCGGUGACUUUUUGCGUCGUGUUGAAGAACGUUUCACCAAGAGUAAAACCGCAUCUGUCAUUCAAUCUUACUCUCUAUUGGAUCAACCUCAAAAGGCUCUAGACCUGGUUUUCAACGCUUAUCCUGCUGCCAAAGACCAAUUCUUAAACGCUCAGGAUGUUGACUACUUUUUGAACUUGUGUUUAAGACCAACUCAAAAACCUGUUCCUUUUGUUCCAGUCUUGGACCACAGAUUUGAAGUUUUCUUCAAGAAGGACUCUUUAUGGCAGUCUGAAAACUUGGAAGCUGUUGUUGACCAGGAUGUCCAGAGAACUUGUAUUUUACAUGGACCUGUCGCUGCUCAAUUCACCAAGUUAGUGGACGAACCUAUCAAGGAUAUCAUGGAUGGCAUCCACAAUGGUCACAUCAAAAUGUUGUUGAAGGAUUAUUACAGCAAUGACGAAUCAAAGAUUCCUGUUGUUGAGUACUUCGGGGGAGAAGAUCCUGAAAGUGUUGCUUACGACUCUGCUGAAACAGAUGGGAAGGUUAUCUACCGUGCUUCUGCUUCUACUGAUGAAUCGCUUUGGUUCAAGCUAUUGGCUGGCACCAAGAGGAACUGGAGACACGCUUUCUUCUCUACUUCCAGAGUUGUUCAGGACUCUUUGUAUGUGGAAAACCCAGCAAAGAAGGUUUUCAGACCUACAGCUCACGCUGUUGUUCAAAUAUCAAACCCAGAUGACGCUUCCAAGACUUCUAUUACUUUGUUGGAACCAGUCCAGGGAGAGUUAAAGGCCAUUGCUUCUCUAUCUUUGGUUAAAGAAAACUUGAUUCAACUGAACUUGAUUGAGAAUAGGACAAUUGAUGGCAACCCUGUUGCUCUUCCAUUGCUGUACACUUAUCAACCAGAAGAUGGCUUUGCUCCAGUUGCUGAGGUCAUGGAGGGCCGUAAUGAGCGUAUCAAGGAGUUAUACUGGAAACUAUGGUUGGACGAACCAUUAAAUCUGGACUUCGAUUAUAAGAAACCAAUUCAAGGUGGAGAAGUUACAAUCACUGCCAAGGAUAUUGCCGAAUUUACUCAUGCUAUUGGCAAUAAAUGUGAAGAUUUCGUGUCUAGACCUGGUAGGAAGCUGUUGGCGCCAAUGGAUUUCGCCAUUGUUGUGGGAUGGAAAGUUAUCAUCAAGGCAAUCUUCCCCAAGUCUGUUGACGGUGAUUUGCUGAAAUUAGUUCACUUGUCCAACGGCUACCGCAUGAUUCCUGGCGCUAAGCCCCUGGAAGAAGGCGAUGUUAUUUCUUCUUCCGCUAUCGUCAAGAGCGUUGUGAACCAACCAACAGGUAAGGUUGUUGAAGUUGUCGGAACUUUAAGCAGAAAGAACGAGCCUGUGAUGGAGGUUACGUCUUCCUUCUUCUACCGUGGCAAGUAUGUUGAUUUUGAAAACACAUUUGAAAAGAGAACUGAACCUGUUUACCGCAUUCAAAUAUCCUCUGCGAAGGACAUUGCUGUGUUGCGUUCCAAGGAAUGGUUCCAAUUGGAUGAUGACGAGAUUGAUUUGCUCGGUAAGACUUUGACUUUUGAAACUGAAACAGAAGUUACUUUCAAGAACGAGACAGUUUUUAACUCAGUUAAGUGCGAAGGUACUAUUAAGAUGGAAUUGCCAACCAAGGAGACUGUUGAAAUUGGUGUUGUUGACUAUGAAGCUGGAGAAUCACAUGGAAAUCCGGUAGUUGACUAUCUAUCAAGAAACGGUUCCACUUUGGAGCGCAAGGUCAACUUGGAGAACCCAAUUCCUAUCGCCAUCAGAGAAUCACAAUCUCCGGGAACUAACGAACCAUAUGGACGUAUCUCUGGCGACUUGAAUCCUAUCCACGUUUCUCGUCACUUUGCGGACUACGCUAACUUACCUGGUACUAUCACGCAUGGUAUGUACUCUUCCGCAGCAGUUCGUGCUUUGGUCGAGACAUGGGCGGCCGAUAAUGUGUCAUCCAGAGUCAGGGCAUACAACUGUCAAUUCGUUGGUAUGGUGUUGCCUAACACUCCGUUGAAAACGUCAAUUCAACAUGUGGGUAUGAUCAACGGUCGUAAGUUGAUUCAUUUCGAAACAAAGAAUGACCAAGAGGAAACGGUCAUGACUGGUGAGGCAGAAGUUGAACAACCUGUUUCAGCAUUUGUUUUCACAGGUCAAGGUUCUCAAGAACAAGGCAUGGGUAUGGACUUGUAUGAUAAGUCAGAUGUUGCCAAGCAGGUUUGGGACAGAGCCGAUGUUCAUUUCAAAAAAACAUAUGGUUUCUCCAUCUUGGACAUUGUUAGAAAGAAUCCUACUGAAAUGACCAUAUACUUUGGUGGUGAGAAGGGUAGAAAGAUCAAGCAAAACUACACUCAAAUGAUUUUCGAGACCAUUGUUGACGGAGAAUUGAAGACGGAAAGAAUUUUCAAGGACAUUACUGAGGAAACCACCUCUUAUACUUUUAGAUCGCCAAGCGGUUUGUUGUCUGCUACCCAAUUCACCCAACCUGCUUUGACUUUGAUGGAAAAGGCGUCUUUCGAAGAUCUAAAGUCUAAGGGAUUAAUUCCUGCCGAUGCAGCUUUUGCCGGUCACUCAUUGGGUGAAUACGCGGCAUUGGCUUCUUUAGCUGACGUUAUGUCUAUUGAAUCUUUGGUCGAAGUUGUGUUUUACAGAGGUAUGACAAUGCAAGUUGCUGUGCCAAGAGAUGAGUUGGGUAGAUCUAACUACGGUAUGGUUGCAGUUAAUCCAAGUAGAGUUUCUUCUACUUUCAACCAAGAUGCUUUGCAGUUUGUUGUUAAAUGUGUCGGCAAGAAGACCGGAUGGUUGGUCGAAAUUGUCAAUUAUAAUGUCGAAAAUCAACAGUAUGUCGCUGCUGGUGACUUGAGAGGUUUGGACACAUUGACCAACGUGCUGAACUUUAUCAAGCUACAAAAGCUUGAUAUUGUCAAGUUACAAGAAACAAUGUCCUUGGACGAAGUUGAGGCACACCUGAAUGAGGUCACUGAAGAGGUUUCCAAAAAGUCAUUGGCUAAGCCACAACCAAUUGAGCUGGAAAGAGGUUUCGCUUGUAUUCCACUGCGCGGUAUCUCUGUUCCAUUCCACUCCUCCUACUUGAGAAAUGGUGUUAAGCCUUUCAAGAACUUUUUGAAAAAGAAUAUCAUUAAGGAGAAUGUGAAGGCAGACAGAUUGAUCGGCAAGUACAUUCCAAACUUGACCGCCAAGCCUUUCGAAAUAACGAAGGAAUAUUUCCAAGGUGUUUACGAAUUGACUGGCUCCGAAAAGAUCAAGGAAGUUUUGGAUAACUGGGAUUCUUAUCAAUCAUAG